UUUCUCCAGAAGACAUUGUCAGCAACAUGAACACCAAGAUCUUCAUCGUGUUGGGCUUGGCAGCCUUUGCAGCAGCCGACAGCCGGGAGACCUUUGCAUAUGGUCCUCCUCGGGCUUUCUCUGAUGAGUCGUUCGAGUCCGGUGAGACCAAGUACAACUUCAACUGGGUUGUCGACCACGACCCCUCCAGCAACGAAUUCAACCACCAGGAAGCUCGUAAUGAGGAUGACACCAAGGGGUCGUACUCCGUGCAGCUUCCCGACGGCCGUGUCCAGACCGUGACUUACUACGUGGACGGUGACUCCGGCUACGUGGCCGAGGUCACCUACCAGGGCGAGGCUCGCUACCCAGAGUCUGAUGAGUCCAGGGAGUAUGCCCCACCCAGGCCCCGGUACUCUGCCCCCGUAUCUCUUGAGUCCCGUGAGGCUCCCAGGACCCAGUACUUCUUCGGCGAUUCUAAUGAGUCAAAAUAAUCACCCAAGAUCUUCCUAAUAAUGAUGAGUCAAAGUAAUCUUUCAGGAUAUUUCAAAUAUAUCUAAUUUUUCUAAGCAGAACUACUAUAUUUAUACUGUAAAUAUUAUCAAAGUGUAAAUGGUUUAUUUAUAUAAUUAUAAUUUAGAAAAUAACAAUUUAAUUUAAAAUAAAUAUAUGUGAAGGAAUUAU